CACACGUGGACAUCAGUCGAGGUGCAACAACAUUCGUCGCUACUUCGACCAUGUAUGAGAACGACAACGCGCCGACGUUCCUCAAAGCUGAAACGACGACGAAGAUCAACUAUAUGCACGUGCAUGCAGCACGCGUUUGCUGCAGCCCACGCACGUUCGUUCUGCUCGAUUUUUCUGCGUCGCUCAUCUAGGGCAGGCAAGCGGGAGACGAAAGGGCUGAGAACACCUUCCACUAGCGGUCAUGAGUCACCUGGCUGAAGAGGGAGCCUUACCGAUGGCUUGCUCCGGGAACUGCCCCAUCAUACCGGCGGCGCAUUCGGCGUUCAUCUGCGACUUGGACCACGGCAGCGGCGUCCUCUCUUCCUCCGGCGCACUUUCGACCGGAUCUCCUCCCUCGGCCAUAGUGCCGAUGGAAGCCCUGCUGGGCGCCGCCGCGGAUGUAGUCGAGCAGGACGCCACGUUCUUGUCGUGGCCCCAGGAGGUAGACUCCACGACGCCGGCAUUGGACGACCGCUCCUCGGCGUCGGCCUCUCAACGUCGCGCGUCCGCGGAGUCGCUUAGUCUGAGCAACAGCAGCGACGGCUCCCCCACGUGCCGCAUCUGCUUCUUCGGAGACGCGAAGCAGCCGCUGCUGGAGCCCUGCAACUGCCGUGGAACCAUUGGCUUCGUCCAUCGAGACUGCCUGGAGCGGUGGAUUCAGCGAACGGUGGACCCCCAGUGUCAGGUCUGCCAUUUCCAUUUCACAGUCCGCAAGCAGGCAGAGGUAAGCUUAAAGCCGGCGUGGCGCCUGCUGUUCGAUGUUGAGGCCCGCCGCCCCGUUCUCGGCUACGUGGUGUUGGGCGCGCUCUUUGCGCUCAGCAUCGCCUUCAUCUUCACGCUGGCCUGGCUGUACGCCGUGUGCCUGCCCUCCCGGGUCGGAGACAAGCUGGCCGCCACCGUGGUCGUGCUGUUGGCCGUGCAGAACAUCCUCUGGCUGUACUUUCCUUUCGUCAGCUUCACGUACUCGUACAAGGCUUUUAAGAAGUGGCACGAAGAUAGUACCUGCCUGAAGCUCGUGCUCAGCACUGACGAGACCAGCGGAGCCGCGUGGUCGAACCUUCGCUUCUGGCGUACCGGUGGCGGCUCCCGAGACCCCGUGUUGUCUUGUGGCGGAGCUCAAUAAAGAUGCCAAGGGGCGGGAAAAAGAGGCUGCUGGUGUGACAAACAAAGCGGAAGAGCGCAAGCUCUUUUUUCGACCGUGAAUGAGUUCUUAUUCCUAAAAGAGGUUUCACCCCGAAAGCCGCAAUCUGACAACAACAACAAAAAAAAAAAACACUCCAGCUCUAUGUUUGGCGACACAGUACGUCCACCUAUAGCAUCUUGAACGUGGAAACAAUGAUAGUGUCGGGCCGUUGUGUAGACCCAGAUUUGAGUGUCAUGCAUGCUGUAACUGCUGCUCGGAGACUUCCUACACAAGCAUAGAAAAACGCACAUCUUUUGACGAUGUCCUUCAGCAGCAUACAUACGAAGGCACUAGAGUAUCGCAGCGUUCCCGUUCCCACUGACGUUCUUACUUCAUAUUUGUGCAUGCGUGGGUCUUCCCGGUUCAUGCGCAGCACCAAGCACCAGCAAAGAUGAAAGGUCACUAUGACAAAAUACUCGUGAUUGUUGAGAGCAGACCUACUUCUUAAUGAUACGCUAUUGUGUACGUGUGAUGACACAGUUAUAGGAAGCACUGAGUGUAUUAGAAAAGUUUCCGGAUAAGUGGUCUUCAAGCGCGUUGACAUUCAUACCGCUUGCUAGUUAUUCGUGGGAUCGCGACAAGUUAGCCAUGUUCACGGCCCGACUGACACCUUCGGCCACAUUCGCUGUCAUGAAACGCUUGUCGAGACAACAGAAAUGUCAUGCAUGGGGAAUAUGUCAUGAACUGUCCUUAAAGGUGAACUUCUAGGUAAAUGCUGCACGUUAGGUCGGGUGUCCGUGCUAACAUUAGCGAAGCUGGUAAAAGAAAAAAAAGAAA